CUCCUUUUUCCUCUUCUGACCCAGCGCGAGCGACCGUUUUCGAGUACCGCGCGGCUGCGUAUCGCACAGGGUGGGGGGGAAAAUGGCAAAGGCUGCGCAUCCGCCGUCCGAUCGUUGCGAGCGCUGUGCGAGCAGGGGGCCGACAUGACCUCCAUCCGCCCCGCGACGCACGCAGCCCUGCUGCGCGCCCCGGCUCUGCACAGCCCGGGCGGCGGGCUGCUCGGCUACGCCGCGCUCGUGGCGCUGUGCGCGCUCUGCUACGGUAACUCUCUGUGGGGAGAGUUCGUGCACGACGACGUGUGGGCUAUCCUCAACAACCCCGACGUCAGACCGGGCUCGAGCCUGCGAAACAUCUUCGCCGACGACUUUUGGGGCAAGAAGAUGGCCGAUAAUACGAGCCAUAAAUCCUACCGUCCACUCUGCGUGCUCACCUUCAAGCUGAACAUUCUCCUGGGUGGCAUGACGCCGUUCUACUUCCACAUGGUGAACGUGUGUCUGCACUCUGCUGUCACAUGCCUCCUCAUGCACACAUGUGAGCACUGCGUGUUCUGGAGCGCCCACCAAGCCUUUCUCACUGCACUCCUCUUCGCUGUUCACCCCAUCCACACAGAGGCAGUGUCUGGAAUCGUUGGGAGAGCGGAUGUGUUGGCCAGCAUGUUGUUCCUCCUGGCCUUUCUUUCCUAUAUUAGGAGUGUGCCAGCAUGCGGUACAGCAGACUUGCUCCCCUCAACCACAUCUCCAUGCUUUUUGAUGCUGUCUCUGUUCCUGGGCACCUGUGCCAUGCUGGUCAAAGAGACGGGCGUCACCGUCUUUGGAGUGUGUGUCCUCUACGACGGCCUGGUCCUAUGUCACAAGCCACUUUACCCGCUUCUGUCACGGUGCAGGUGGAAGGAGCUUAUCAGGAUCUCUCAGCCCUUCAUCAAACGAGCUUGUGUGGUCUCUGUAUAUCUGCUGCUCAUCUUGUCUGCUCGUUUGUGGCUCAUGGGAGGCUCCAUGCCUCUGUUCUCAGAACAGGACAACCCGGCAUCCUUCUCCCCCUUUCUUCUCACCAGGUUCCUGACCUACUGCUAUCUCCUGGCCUUCAACGCUUGGCUUCUGCUGGCCCCUGUGAUGCUCUGCUAUGACUGGCAGGUGGGCAGCAUCCCUUUAGUGGAGUCUCUGUGGGAUGCACGCAACAUCGCCACCCUGGUGCUGGCACUGUGCAUGCUCGCUCUCUGCCUGCACUGUGCGACAUCGCUCCAGAAGAUGGAAGGCAGAGAGGUCUUGGUGGGGAUAUUGUUCCUGGUGUUCCCUUUCAUCCCUGCCACUAAUCUGUUCUUCCGAGUGGGAUUUGUAGUGGCUGAGAGAGUCCUCUACAUGCCCAGUAUGGGCUACUGUAUUCUACUGGUGCAUGGGCUGAACAGGCUGGGAGCACUGGUAGGCCGCUGGGGUGCGGCUGCUCUCACUGUCUCCAUGCUGCUCCUGGUCCUCCUUUUCUCCUGGAAGACCGUGCAGCAGAACGAGAUCUGGCUCUCCCGAGAGGCGCUCUUCAGGUCUGGUAUUCAAACGUUACCUCACAAUGCUAAAGUUCACUACAACUAUGCCAACUUCCUGAAGGACAGAGGUCAAAACGAAGAAGCCAUUCACCACUAUAAAACAGCCCUCAGGUUGUACCCUCGACACGCCAGUGCUAUGAAUAACCUGGGCACGCUGACUCAUAGUGGCGAGGAGGCAGAACUUUACUACAGGAAGGCUCUCGACAUCAACCCCCAACACAACCGAGCGCUCUUCAACCUGGGCAACCUUCUCAAGUCCCAGGGCAAAGAGGAAGAGGCCGAGGGAAUACUCAAGGAGUCGAUACGCUUUGGCCCGCAGUUUGCUGAUGCCUACUCCAGCUUAGCCUCUCUCUACGCUGAUCAGUCUCUGUCUCUUCAUCCGUCUUCUAUGGACCACUUCUAUAAGAAGCGGUUUGCUGAGGCCAGUGAGAUCUACACUAAAGGCAUUGAGAACUGCCCUGACAGUUCCGACCUGCACAACAACUACGGCGUCUUCCUGGUGGACACAGGCAAUGGUGAGCAAGCAGCCAUCCACUACCAACAUGCCGUGCGGUUGAAGCCGUCUCACUACGUUGCCAUGGUGAACCUGGCUCGGCUACUGCGCUCCUCGAACGAAAGUAACGAGGCAGAGCUUUGGUACAAACGGGCAUUGCAGGUGGUGCGGAAGGUGGAUAUUCUGACUCCUCUGGGGGCGCUGUACUACAACACAGGCCGCUACGAGGAAGCUCUGCGGGUCUACCAAGAAGCCGCCUCGCUGCAGCCGGACAAUCCGGACGUCUCCCUGGCCCUGGCCCAGGUCCUGGCUAUGGCAGGCCGUUCCAUAGAAGCAGAGAAAAUGACUCUGGGCAUCAUUUCCAGGAGCAGCAGCUGCAUUGAGUGCUACCGCCUGCUGUCUGCCAUCUAUAGCAGGCAGGGGAACCACACAGAGGCGCUGGAGGCGUUGGAUAAGGCCCUUCAGCAGAAGCCUGCAGACCCUGCUGUGAAGGCGGAGCUUCUCUUCUCCAUGGGCAACCAACUCCGAGAGAUGAAUGAGCUUGACCGAGCCUUUGAGAGCUAUAAACUUGCUGUUGCGCUGAAGCCAGAUCAGUCCCAAGCCUGGAUGAACAUGGGGGGAAUACAGCAUAUAAAGGGAGACUACGCAGCAGCACGAGUCUACUACCAAAGAGCUCUCCUCCUGUCGCCGGGCUCCAGGCUGCUGAAGGAGAACCUGGCCAAGCUGGACAGGCUGGAGAAGAAACGGCAAGGCUCAUGAUCCGAGGGGGAGACUGGCGGACAGACCCGGAUCCUGCAGGAGACCGCCAGAAGAAUGGCGAGAGGGCUGAUGAAGACUGUAGACGGGCUCAAGUGUCACUGCAGUAUCUGUAAAAGGAGAUCUUGGCCUAAGAGGGUCAGGAAUGAGGAUCAGCACUGUCGAUGUAGGUCAGCAUCAGUACCGCGGUAGACUGGGGUUGUAUCGCGUAUCAUAGCAUCGUUAUGGGCUACGUUCAGUACCUUCAGUGCGGUCCAGCCUGUUUUAGCUUUAUCUGAUCUCAGAUCAGAAGGUACCAGGUUUAAAAGGAUGCUGUGCGUUCCAGUGGGAUUAACCCCCUGUCCAUUUAUGCUGAGAAGCAUCACACUUGAAUUGAUUAAUCACUGUGCAUAUAUGCAGAAGAGAGGACAUGGGCGAGACCCAGGUGUCCAGCGAGCUGCGUCCCAGCCUGAGUACCGGAGACACCCUCCAAACGACCAUCUUGGCGAGGGAGCUAGAGGAGGAAUCACUUUCCCUCCCACUGUGUUCUGUGAACAUGGCCUUCACCUCCACGUGUUUGAUUGGGAUCAGCAGGAGAGAAAGUGCUUUUGGAUGUUGCUGUGCUGUGUGUAUUAUUUUCAUGUGUGAUUUUUGAGUGAUUCUGAAUAGUACAUCAACUUUCUCAGCGAUUAAAAAAAUAAAAUGACAGGGUCAAUUUUCUGCAACAGGAAUUCCCCACUCAUGCUUUUCAGUUGAAUUUGGAGGGGUUUUUUUACUUGUAAAUCUUGUUUGUCCAGUGGACUAAAGGCAUAUUGCAAUGGCCUGUGCAAUGAACUGCAUGUCCAACAAUUCUUAUUUUCCACAAGCUAUAAUGACAAUUGUGUGUGUGAAGUGAAGAUAUCCUUCAUAUGCACAAGAAUACUUAUGUUAAGAAUGUUAUGAUCAUGUUUUUAUUCAUGAUCUCUGUGUAAUCCCCAG